AUGCCCGUGGUCAACGUAGACGAUCUUGUUCGCCUACAGCGGAAGCCCGAAGAUAUUCGCAAUAUCUGCAUUCUCGCCCACGUCGAUCAUGGUAAGACUUCAUUGACGGAUAGCCUUAUAGCCACCAAUGGAAUCAUCUCCCCCAAGCUGGCGGGCAAGAUCCGCUACUUGGACUCGCGGCCAGAUGAGCAGCUUCGAGGCAUUACCAUGGAGUCCUCAGCCAUCUCGCUGUUUUUCUCGAUGCUUCGUCGUUCUAGCCCGGACGCGGCGCCCGUGCCCAAGGAGUAUUUGAUCAAUCUCAUUGAUUCUCCGGGUCAUAUCGAUUUUAGCAGUGAAGUCUCCACAGCAUCACGCCUCUGUGAUGGUGCUGUCGUGCUUGUCGACGCAGUCGAAGGUGUCUGCAGUCAAACUGUGACUGUGCUGCGCCAGACUUGGGUUGAGCAGCUGAAACCUAUCCUCGUCAUCAACAAGAUGGAUCGUUUGGUGAGUGAGCUCAUGAUGAGUCCCAGCGAAGCUUAUUCGCACCUCAGUCGACUUUUGGAACAGGUCAACGCAGUCAUCGGUAGUUUCUACCAGGGCGAGCGUAUGGAGGAUGAUCUGCAGUGGCGAGAGCGCAUGGAAGACCGUGUCAACGCCUCUGCUGCACGGGACAAAGACAAGUCUAAAAAUAAGUCCCUAGAGGACGAGUCCGUUCAAAGUGUCAGCGAUUUUGCCGAGUUUGAGGAGCGUGAUGACGAGGACCUUUACUUCGCGCCCGAGAAGAACAAUGUCAUCUUUUGCAGCGCUGUGGAUGGCUGGGCCUUCACCAUUAGGCAAUUUGCGGCCAUCUAUGAGAAGAAACUUGGUAUUAAACGAACCAUUCUGGAGAAAGUCCUUUGGGGUGACUUCUACUUGGAUCCAAAGACAAAGCGGGUAUUGGGACAGAAGCAUCUGAAAGGCAGAGCGUUGAAGCCCAUGUUCGUCCAAUUGGUUUUGGACAGCAUCUGGGCUGCAUAUGAAGCGACCACUGGAGGUGGCAAGGGCAAGGGUGACCCUGUUUUGUUGGAGAAGAUCACCAAGUCAUUGAACAUUUCCAUUCCUCCUUACGUUCUGCGUUCGCGUGACCCAAAGAACAUCAUGACAACGCUGUUCUCUCAAUGGUUACCUCUGUCCACUGCUGUUCUGGUUUCUGUUAUUGAAUACCUCCCAAGUCCCCCAGCUGCGCAGGCUACUCGACUUCCUGAGAUGAUUGAAGCAUCGCCUGGCUCGGAUCAAGUCUCCGAGUCUAUUAAGCAAGCGAUGGUGACCUUCAAGACCGGCCCCGAAGAGCCCGUUGUUGCCUACGUUAGCAAGAUGGUGGCUAUACCCGAAAGCGAGCUAAGCUCAAGCAAGAAGCGUGCUGGGGGUACUAUGACCGCAGAUGAGGCCAGAGAGAUUGCUCGUCGCAAGCGAGAAGAAAUUGCCAAGAUGCAAGCAGAAGCUGGCGCAGGACAAAAUGAUUCCUUUGAGAGAAUGACAUCCGCAUUUGAGAGUACAACUCUUAUUACCGAGACUGAUGAGCCAGAGGAGCCGAUAGAGAAGGAGGACCCGGAACACCUGAUUGGAUUUGCUCGACUCUAUUCAGGCACACUCUCAGUUGGAGACUCGGUAUAUGUUCUGCCACCUAAGUUCUCGCCAGCGAACCCCCACGCAAGCCCAGAGCCUAAGAAGGUCACGGUUACAGACUUGUACCUUCUUAUGGGCAGAAGCUUGGAGCCUCUCCAGUCCGUUCCAGCAGGCGUGGUCUUUGGUAUUGGUGGCCUUGCGGGCUACGUACUCAAAACUGGUACUCUUUGCAGCCAACUCGAAGGAAGCAUCAACUUGGCUGGUGUCUCGCUGAGCACACCGCCAAUUGUUCGUGUUGCUCUUGAGCCUGCCAACCCAGCAGAUCUCGGUAAGAUGAUCACUGGUCUGCGUCUGCUUGAACAGAGUGAUCCUUGUGCACAGUAUGAGGUUCUUCCCAGCGGUGAACACGUUAUCUUGACAGCAGGUGAAUUGCAUUUGGAGCGGUGCGUUAAGGAUCUCCGUGAGCGUUUCGCCCGCUGUGAAAUCCAGACUGGUGAAGCUAUCGUGCCCUACCGUGAAACCAUCGUUGAUGCUCCCGAGAUGGCCCCUCCCAAGAACCCAGAGUUGGGCCGUGGAAGUGUUCUCUCCGUCUCCGCAUUCAAUCAGAUGACCGUCCGCCUGCGCGUCAUGCCAAUGUCUACCGCUGUCACAGACUUCUUGACUAAACAAGUUGGUACUAUCAAGCGACUCCAGGCAGAGAAACGUACGGUUGCCGAGUCAAAAUCAGAGGCAGAGUCCGCAGUUGCAGACGGUGCCCAGCAAGUUGACGCUGCCGGGGAAGUGGGUGAAGGCAAUGUUCUAUCAUUGAAUGAAUUCCGAGACGAACUGGACAAGGUGUUCAACGAAGAAGUCAAGGAAGACAAAGAGCUUUGGAAGAACGUCGUUGACCGAAUUACUGCAUUCGGACCUCGGAGAGUUGGACCUAACAUUUUGGUGGAUGCUACUUCAGUCAACACCUGCGAAAAAUUCUUGCUUGAGGACUCUAAACAAAAUGUCGUUUCUUCCGAUGAUAUGAAAGCCCUGCUGGUACGCGACCUCUGCGACAAGAUUGCAUACGCCUUCCAGCUGGCCACGGGCCAAGGACCCCUCUGCCAGGAACCCAUGCAAGGUGUCGCCGUCUUCCUAGAAGAUCUCUCUGUGGAAGCCAGCUCCAGUGAUGAGCUGGAUAUGGGCCGUCUGACCGGCGAUUCCAUCAAGCUUGUCCGCGAGGGUAUCACCCAAGGCUUCCUCGACUGGAGCCCCCGCAUCAUGCUUGCAAUGUACUCCUGCGAGAUCCAAGCAACAACCGAAGUCCUCGGCCGCGUCUACGGCGUCAUAACCCGCCGCCGAGGCCGCAUCCUCUCCGAAGUCAUGAAAGAAGGAACUCCCUUCUUCACUAUCCUCGCCCUCCUGCCCGUCGCCGAAUCCUUUGGAUUCGCUGAGGAAAUCCGGAAGCGCACGUCCGGCGCGGCACAGCCCCAACUAAUCUUCACUGGGUUCGAGGCUCUAGAUGAGGAUCCCUUCUGGGUUCCGGCUACAGAGGAGGAAUUGGAGGAUUUGGGUGAGUUGGCGGAUCGGGAGAAUGUGGCUAAGAGGUAUAUAGAUGCCGUGAGGAGUCGGAAGGGUCUUGUUGUGCAGGGGCGAAAGUUGAUUGAUGCGGAGAAGCAGAAGACGUUGAAAAAGUAG